CCGUUGUUGGGAAGAGGUUAGACUGACACUAUAGCUGAUCAAUUUAUGUUUGACAGGAUUUUCUGCAUAAAGCUUGUGUCAAUUUUCUGCUGAAUUGAGACCAGGCUCCUGCUGAUCGCCAACGACGACUUCUGCUGCAGAAUGACACGGAUAUUUGCCUCGGUGUUGCGUGUGUAAGCAGCGACCCAUGCAACAGUGAAACGUACACUGCCCCUGCAGGAGUUAGAUAGUGGCAGCUAGAGAAGUCGUUGCAGUCAUGUCUCUCUUCCCUGACCUGAUGUUGUGGGAGACCGCCGCGCUCACGAACUUGUCGUGCAGCGGAGGUAGGAUGGAGUGCGAUAUUCUCAGGGAGCUUGGCCCCCCACCUGACAUGAUCCUGAGCCUUCCUCCUCCUCCCGUGCCGCCUUCCAUUGAGAAGCUCGUGGUGAGGCUCGCUGCAGAAGCUGAUCCUCAAGCAGGAGCUGCUGCCCAUGAGGACGCUCCAUGUCACCUCUGCACCUGGGCGCGCGGCAGCAGCGUGGGCGUUGUAGAGCGCGCACAAAAAGGCCCAGUGAUCGACGACACUUGGUUCUUCAUCAUCAUUUCGAGCUGCGUCGCUGCUGCGCUUUUGGCCAUUGUACUCAUCAUCGCGUACCUCAAAUACAGAGACAGUAAACUGAAGCCCUUGAGUGACGUGGUGCUGGCGAAGAAGGAGAAGGCGUUAGGGCUGGACCGCUGUGAGGCCGUCCUCUACCCCAACCCUCCUGCUAGGGCCCCUCCUCUGCCUCCGUCAGAUCCCCAUUAUUCAAGCAAAGCCCUUUGGGCGGGGCUGAAGCCCCUCAACGACAAGUUCUACACAGUCGACCACUGCCAACCUAUGAAUCAGAAGCAGGCUCACAUGGAAAUAAUCCAGGCUAUGGAAGACAAGUAUGACUACAAGCACUACGCGCCCGCCAACUACUCGACCCUGGCUCCAACGUACACUUCAACUGAAGGAAACAAGUCCAUCGUGAACGGCUGUAUGAAGCCUGGCAUUUUUGAGAACGUUGGCUUCGUGCCCGGCGACGAGGGCGACGACGAAAUGCUGCGUCGUAAGUGCGGCGUGUCGAGAGCGGCGUUGCUGCUGAGCCGACGUACCACUCUGUCCCGGCCGCCCUCGAGCCUGUCUCAGCCCGGACACCACUACGAAAUGGUGUCCCCUCGCAGCUCUCCGGCCAGCAACAAGCGCCACAUGUCCCUGGGUCGCAACAGCCGUGCAGGCAACGGCCAGCAUCCGCUGAUCAUCAGCGCCCCAACAAACGUGCCGCUGGUGCGCCUGCCUCCGCUCAACAGCCGACCAGGGCGGUACGCGCUCACGGCGUUCGCAAACGGCGAGCACAGCCUCUUGCGCAACCACGAGGACCGCGUGCGGUGCUCACAGGUCGCACUGGACAGGUCAGGAGCACCCAUGACUACUCUGGCCACGGUAUCACCCACCGACCACGUCUACGCAUCCCCCAUCACUUCCCCCGUCAUAUAAACUCACACAGCGAGCAGCGGCGUCUUCUCAGGAUUAAUUUAUUUAGGUCACAUACAAGAGGCCAUCUCAAGUUGGAUCACCGAGUGAAACUUGACGUUUUUCACUAUAAUAAGGGAUAAAAAAUGAAAAAAAUCAGAUUAAAUCAAUUCGCUGCAUUCAAAACGUGUGCUAGGAGCAAAAUUUCAAUGACUCAUCGACCUCCAACAUCUCUACGGCAUUUGCUGUUUCUAGCUUUAAUACAGGACAGAAUGGCAUUCUUCAUCCCAUAUAGGUGAUUAACUAAGGUCAUUAUUAGUUUUUUCUGUGUGUUAUGUGCAAUAUUACUUUAAGAAAAUUAUGGUUUUUGUUUAGUUUGAAGAUAAUUAGUGAUUUUACAUUUUAAUGUUUGGCCGGUAUUAAAAAAAACGACCUCUAAACCUGAUACAUGAACAAACAACAGCGUUUGUACGCCUAAAUUUGUGAGUGCAUAAGCGCGGAUGCAACUUGCUAUCCAGUAGGCAUCUUAUAUUGAAAUGACGUUGAUUACACGUUGUUUCAACGUAAUCAACUCAUAAUCAACGUUUUCCACUCGUCAUUUUUCUGGAGGGUAAUGACUAAAAACUUUGAAAGAGCGCGCCCUCGCGAACACGUGCUUCUGAGCAGAUAGGAAACUCUCAGUUCAUUUCUAUCUUCUAGUCAGCAAAUAUUAAGUUAUUAGUGUAGAAGUUCCCGUAAAUUAUUCGUAUACAUAAGUUAAUCGUAAUGAUGUACGUUAAGACUGUGUGUACAGUGAGUGUAUAGAUGUUGAUUUUAGCAACAUUUUCGUAUCCGCUCGCAGAAAUGGUUCCGUCUGUCAUAAAAACUAUUCCGUCGUAGGAUCUCGCGUCCAUUUUCACUUCAAGCAUAAAGUGUGCAAAGUUCAUUUUAAAGUUCCCUUCAUUUCUUCACUUAUAAUUCCUCUGCAUCAGAACCCAAAAUGAGAUCAUACGCGAUGAAACACUGCACGAACUUACCAUUUAUCUGCCAUGUCAUACCAUGUCAUCUGAGUAAAUAUUUGUGUAGUUAGCAUCAUAAUUAUCUUGUGUCUCUAUAUUAAAUGAUAUAAUGUGUUGAAGCGUCCCCAUCUCUGCGCCGAAAACGAACAAAAUCUCAAGCACACGAAGUGUGAACAUAAAAGAUCAAUUGUUUUAAGAGGUAUUCAUUCUCCAGGAUCGAUUUUAUCAACUUACUAACAAGCUCUAAGUUCUCCCAUUGUUCUAUGUACCCAAAUACGUCUUCUAAUGUGUAUCAGCUUUGUGCUUGCCGCGUAAUUUUGCAUGUAUAACUAACCACUAAAAACGCAAUACUGAAUCACAUGGCAGAUUUGACUGACUCAGCAUAUACAUUCAGUUGCAGUUCGUCUAAUAGUCAUGGGAAUGAAUACCUACUGCAGCCUCUGCCACUGCGACCGACAAUAAACUAUAUAGGCGUCGAGCGAAGGUUUAGUCCAAAAUUUUUAUUGGGCCAUCAAGUGAAUUAUGUGCGAAUGUCGUAAUAGUUGCAACAGCAGCUGAAAGAUAGCCGCUUUAAAAGCUGAACUUUGAUCCGGAAUAUUGUUGUUUUAUCUAAGAUUGUGCGGACGCCAAUGCAGGAAAAUGGAAUUUUAUCUUCAGUAACAUGGAAAAUUUGGGCUGUAAAUCCUGCCUCUGACGUGGUCUUUAUCACACUACCACAAUGGGAAUAAAUUAACCUACUAUGCAGAUGAAGUGCGGCAUGAAACGAACGACUCAUAAGUUGUCAUUUUUUAUGUCUACUCUUUUCUAUUUGUGUGUACUCGUAUUUUAUCAUGGCCAAUAUGCUAUAUUUCUGCAGGCUAGUGCAUUAUGCACUCGAUUGUUCCAAUAGCUCUGUUUGUUCUUUUUUCUCACGUGUCAUUAAACUGUGUUACAUGAACCAAAGAUUAGUGAGAUAUGAUCUUAUUG